AUGUAUAUACCGUUGGAGAUGGAGUUUCCACAUCGCUUAAGGUUAUUACACUGGGACUCAUAUCCAGGGAAGUGUCUUCCUCCUACAUUUCAUCCAGACUAUCUUGUUGAACUUGAUAUGAAGUAUAGCCAGCUCGAGAAACUCUGGUUAGGAACCCAGUCGUGGAGGAGUAACUGCGUAAACCUUCAAGCCAUUCCAGCUCACCUGAGCUUGACAUCCCUCGAAUACAUCUUCAUGAGAGGUUUCUCGAAAUCGAAGAACAUUCCAGUUAUCUCAACGCACAUAAAGAAACCGGAGUUAGAAGAUGUGCCUGCAUCAGUUGUGCUGCGCACCGGCCUAAGCUCUCCUAGAAGGGAAAGUGUUGGAAUGCUUAGAGAGAUAACACAUCUUCAAAAGAGUGUAACAGAAGUAGCCUUAAGAUAUACUGAUGUUAAAAAGAUUCCAUAUUCCAUCAAGGCUCUUCACGGGUUGACACAACUUGAUUUACAUAGCUGCAGACUACUCGAAGAACUGAGAGAGCUCCCUGGUUCACUCACAUUCCUACGUGCAGAAGAUUAUCAAUCACUGGAGAUCCUAGUACGCCCUUUUGACAUUCCCAAAGCGAUGCUCAGUUUCAACAACUGCUUCACAUUGGGGGAAAGAGACAUUAUCCCACAAUCAUUAUUCCUUCAUGGUUCAGCUCUCUUACCUGGAAGUGAGGUACCUGAAGUGUUUGAUCACCGAGCCAGAGGCAACUGCUUGACUAUUCAAUCCACUUGUAACAACCCCCUCUCUGCUCUCUCCAGGUUUAAGGUUUGUCUUGUCGUUUCACCAAACGAUCAAGCCAAAGAAAACAGGAUUCCAAAACUGUUGUGUAGGACCAAAGCCAAAGGAGGGUUACGUCUCCCCAUUGAGGACUACGUUUACGCCAUUCCAAGAUUACUGACGGAACAUCUCUUUAUAUUUUACUCUGACUUCCUCCAAGAGGAUUAUAUCGAAGACAUGGAAGUAAGCAGCAGAGAGAUAGUGUUCGAGUUCAGCAGCAUUUUCCACGACUUCGACAUUAUUGAAUGUGGUGCUCAGAUAUGGACCAAACAAAGCAUCGAAGAAGAAGGGAGCUAUGAAUCUGAGAUAUAUGAGUCUGAAGUCUCUGAAGAUGAGACUAACAUAGGCGAGUGUACAUAUGAAGAGAAUCUUGAAGGGGACAAACAUACGUAUUGUUGUUGGAGUUGGCUCUUCCUCUACUUCGAUCUCAAAAACAUCAAAAGCUUGGUUUCAGGAAGAAGAUGA